UUAAAAGUAUUCCUUUAAUAAAGUUCUUGAACAUAAAAAAAAAAAUGUCCAUAAAAUUCUUUGUUACUCUUUCAUACAACGGAGUUGAAUUGCCACUUGAAAUUUGUUCUCGUGAUACCAUUUAUGAAGUGAAACAAAAAAUUGAAAGAUUAGAAAAUAUUACAGAAUCCAUUAGACCGGAGAAACAAGAAUUACGUCUCGGUGCCGAAAAACUUAAAGAUGAGCUUAAUGUAUCAGAUUGUGAAAUUCAUCCAGGCGACAAUAUAAGACUUGUUCAAAAAGUUGCGGGUGUUAUACAGGUGUUCAUUAAAAAUACUGUCACGCUUGAGGAUAAGAUGGUAAAGUCAAUCGCUAUUCUCAUCGAUCCAAGCUGUACGGUACUCGAGUUGAAGCAAAAAUAUUAUGACAAGACAAGGUCUUUUCCGGUAGAAAAACAGAGACUUUUAUGGAGCCGUCAUCAGUUGGAAGAUGAAAGGAGUCUUUCUUCAUAUAAAAUUCCAAACGAUUCAAAUAUUAAUCUUGUUGCAAGAUUGCCCGGAGGUCUUUAACAAAUGGAAUAUAGGAGUAUUUAUUAAUAAAAUUAUUUUUCAUUAGGAGAACGGAUUAGUGUUCUUAUUGAAAUUUCAGAUUAUUCUAGAGCAAAGUUGAAUUAAUAAAGAAAACAUACAUUAUAACAAAUUCUUCAAAUGAUUUUAAGAAAUAAACGGAUACCAUUUAUUAUACUAUAUAAUAAAGUUGUGCCA